AUGGCCUCUACCAUUCCGCUCAAGGUGGCUAUCUACGAUAACCCAGGUAUCAAACACUGGAGCCUAUUUAUCGACGCUGAGGAGAAGCCUAACAAAACCAUCAUUCAUCUACUUGGUGCCCGCCAACGGUAUUUUCGUGACGUGAGAACCCCAUCGGACGCACGUAAUUCGGCUUCACUUAUUGAACUCUGCGAAUUAUGUGAAGUUGGCCCCGCUAAGAUCGAAGCCAUCAAGAAUAUCGCGUGGGAUAUGCCAGUCCGCAACGAGAACCCUGAUUAUAGUUGCCAGGAUUUCGUCCUCGAGCUUCUGGAGGGACUGGAAGAUGAAGGGAUUAUCAACGCAGAAAACAACGAUUAUCAGAUGAAUAUGAAUGUCUUGAAGGCGAAACGCGAAGCAUGGCAGUAG